AGGAGGAGGAGGGGGAGAGGAGGAGGAGGGGCAGGAGGAGGAGGAGGGAGGGCAGAGUGGCUGGUGGAGGAGCUGCUCCACUCCGACAGACCACUGACCUGAACGGCGUCAACUUGCAAGCCGUCGCCGCCGAGCCGCCGGCAGCGACCAAUGCCUUCCUCCGCCCCGGGAGAGUAGCGAGCUAAGCUAACUAGCCGACUGGAUCGUCAUCACACAGGAACAACUCACUGUGCAGCGUCCACCGUCGGGACUGCGACGAGUUGUAUUUUCAGUUUUCCAUUUUGUUUUUUGUUUUUAAAGAAAUGUCUAUAUUGCCGUUCACUCCUCCGAUCGUGAAGCGGCUCCUCGGCUGGAAGAAGGGAGAGCAGAGCGGCCAGGAGGAGAAAUGGAGCGAGAAGGCUGUGAAGAGUCUGGUGAAGAAGUUGAAGAAGAGCGGCCAGCUGGACGAGUUGGAGAAAGCCAUCACCACGCAGAAUGUCAACACGAAGUGCAUCACCAUACCCAGAUCUUUAGAUGGGCGUCUCCAGGUCUCCCACAGAAAAGGUCUACCUCAUGUGAUCUACUGCCGCUUGUGGCGCUGGCCAGAUCUGCAGUCCCACCAUGAGCUGCGAGCGGUCGACCAAUGUGAAUUUGCCUUCCACACUAAGAAGGAUGAAGUCUGCAUCAACCCCUACCACUACCAGAGGGUGGAGACGCCAAUUUUGCCUCCUGUCCUAGUACCACGGCAUACAGACAUCCCUGCUGUGUUCCCACCGUUGGAUGAUUACAGUCCAUCGAUUCCUGAGAAUACCAACUUUCCUGCGGGCAUCGAACCCCAGAGUAACUAUAUUCCUGAAACUCCCCCACCGGGGUAUCUGAGUGAGGAUGGUGAGACAAAUGAUCACCAGCUCAACCACAGCAUGGACACCGGUUCACCCAGCCUGUCGCCCAAUCCUGUGUCACCCGCAAACAGUAAUCUUGACUUACAACCUGUGACAUACUGCGAAUCUGCCUUCUGGUGUUCUAUAUCCUACUAUGAGCUGAACCAACGUGUAGGAGAGACCUUCCAUGCCUCCCAGCCCUCCCUCACAGUGGAUGGAUUCACAGACCCCUCCAAUUCUGAGCGCUUCUGUCUGGGGUUGCUCUCCAACGUCAACCGCAACUCUGCAGUAGAGCUCACACGCCGACACAUAGGACGGGGCGUGAGGUUGUACUACAUUGGGGGUGAGGUGUUUGCAGAGUGUCUCAGUGACAGUGCCAUCUUUGUCCAGAGUCCCAACUGCAACCAGCGCUACGGUUGGCAUCCUGCCACUGUCUGCAAAAUCCCUCCAGGCUGCAACCUGAAGAUCUUCAACAACCAGGAGUUUGCCGCCCUGCUUGCACAGUCAGUCAAUCAGGGCUUUGAGGCUGUGUACCAGCUCACAAGGAUGUGUACCAUUCGCAUGAGCUUUGUCAAGGGUUGGGGAGCUGAGUAUAGACGUCAGACGGUGACCAGCACCCCCUGUUGGAUAGAGCUGCAUCUCAACGGUCCGUUACAGUGGCUGGACAAGGUCCUCACUCAGAUGGGCUCUCCCAGCAUCCACUGCUCCAGUGUGUCGUAGGAGCGGCCCUCUGUCCCAUCCACACACUUAAAUACAAACCACAUGAGUAAACUCGAGCGUCUGUCAGUGAUGAUGAGGAAAGAGAUGCCAUUCGUCAAAUAACUCUCCUCCCUUGUUUUCUCUUAUCAUUUCACCGCACAUGUACAGUAAUGCACUUUCCUUGGUAUCAUUUAGUUCCCCCACUCAAACACAGGGUAUUUUCAGUAGGAUAAAAAAAACUCAUUAUUCAUUCAGACAUCCUGUUCUGUGCUCAGUUUUUUAAGUUUAUUUUUUAUAAAAGGAGAUUGAAACGUUUGUUUUCCAGGUUGGUCGCCAUCUACAUGUUUCUAAGCAUUUUUGAUUCUAUGAAUUAGCUAAAAUUGUGAUCAAGAUACCAUCACUGGUGUGUCAGUGUCCCAGAGCCACUUUUAGUUUAGUUCCUUUUAGCACUGAAAUGGGAGGCUUAUUUAUCAAGUGAACCAUGCUUUAAUAUGAAAAAUGUCAUUCUGUUUAGUGGUUAAAUAGAAUAUAUUAAAUUAAUAUUCUAAGUACAAGGUACUUUGCCCAUAUUGAUGUAUCUGUAUUAAUGAAAGCAUCAACUAUGUUAUUGAUAAUUUAAUUGGUAUUUUAUCUAUUUUUAACAAAAUAUAGACAUUAGCAUCAUUGUUUCUUGACGAGAACCCUUGUAUGAAAUCUAUUUUGCUCAGUGAAAGAGACAUUUUAUAAGUUAUUUUUGCAUACUGUCCUGCAUGGGAAUAUAUUUUUAUUAUUGCCUCAAUACAAUUGUACAUAAAUAUUUAUAGCUUGUGAUUUAUGUGGUCGUGCAUUGCUUGAAACAGUGCACCUGACUGACCUCUGGCAUGAGUAGAUUCACAAAAACACUUUUGAAUGACCCAAAACUUGGCCCGCUUCAACACAGGCUAUUCUAACCCGGGUCAACGGGUUCUUUUGUGUAACACACAGGAUUACUGUACUGUACCAGCUAUUGCUGUUACUUCAAAAUAGGCACAUACGACAUACAGUAUGAGUGAUUGAGUUUUGGUAUGACUUCAGUGUGAAGAGUGCUCAGUAGCAUUGACUUUGGCUGUGGUUCAUCCAUUGAUGGAGAGGUGAAGAUAUCAAUGCAGGUCUGUUAACCAACUGUUAGCCAGUAGUACACUCUGCUCCUUGUGGGUAAAUGAUGCACUUCAAUUUUGAUGUGUUGAUCAGUUCAAGUGGUAAUUUACGUGUUUCAUAAAAAAUGUAUAUUUGCUACGAUAUAGAAAAAUGUAAUGUGCUCACUGUCCUUGGUCAGUCUAUGAAGCCACCAAGUUAAUCCUGCAUUAACCUACAUUACAUAAGCCUGAAUCACCGUGCUAUCUAUGUAAAACAUUACAUGGUGCUAAACUGGAAAACUGUACUACAGUGCAUUAGAUAGUUGGUAGAUCUGUAUCAGUACUUGUGUUCCUUGAUGUUUGCAGUUGGUCGUUUUCUCUUCUAAGUCUUAUGUACAUGUUUGUUUCACGUAGUCUAAGAUUUAUUCUCAAAUGACCAGUGUUUUGUUAUCUGUGAAAAUUUAAUAAACUGCAACUGGGUAAAAAUAA